UAAACCGCUUCGGACGUUUAGGCGUAGUGGGCUCCAUCGGUUACCCUUUCUUGGCUGUUUGGCCUGUUGUCUGGUUGUGGGUUGUUUGCCACUAACCGCCGAACAGAUACAGUUUGCUACGGUUGUGCGUAUUUGCCAGUGUGAAUAGUUGAGUUUCUUAAAAUAGUGUUUAUACGUUUAUACCUGAUUAGUAGUCGCUUCGUGUGCCAAAGAACCAAAUUCCAUUACUCAUUGAAAAUGCUAAACCUGGUGGGGAAAGGUGGCCGUGUGCUGUUGCUGCUGCUAGGGCUUAUCACAAUUCUCGUCCUACCGGCCGCCUAUGGUCAGUGUUCGCCGGGCGAUGAAAAAAAGGCAACGGAAAAAUCCGAUCCAGAUCAGUCCCGUACGCGGCUGUACAAGGGUGAAUCGAUCUUCACUCUGCAGCUGCUGGAUGCUAUCAACACUGCAACGCCAAACGAAAAUCUUUUCUUUUCACCGUACAGUCUGUACAAUGUGCUGCUAAUGAUGUACUUCGGUGCACAGAAUUCGACGGAGAAGCUACUCCGAACCAGACUUAAUCUGCAGUGGUCCGAUAGUAAGACCACCGUACAUGACGCGUACGAUACAGCCCGGAAAUUGUUGAAGGGUCGAUUCAACGAAAACAACAGUGUUGGGUUCAGUUCGGUCGAUAAGCUGUUCUUUGGACGCCAGAUUCCCAUCUCGAUCUGCAUGAAACAGAAGUUUGCCGACACUAUCGAACAGCUCGACUACAUGAACCAGCCCGAGGAACAGCGUAUGUACAUUAACCAAUGGGUUGAGAUGGCAACACGUGGACAAAUCAAGGACCUAUUGGUACCUGGCGCCAUCUCUCACAACACCAAGCUAGCAAUUGCCAACGCGGCUUACUUCAAGGGCACAUGGCAGACUAAGUUCAAGGCUGCUGAAACCAAAAAGGAAAUCUUUUAUAUCUCUCCCGACCGUCAACUAUUCGUCGAUAUGAUGCACGUCGAGGGAACGUUCAGUCAUGCUGCCAAUGAAAAGCUCGGUUGUCAUAUUUUGGAGCUCCCGUACAGUGCCGGUACUGAGGAUGACAACAGUGAAAACAGCGACAAUCCAAAUCAGGUAUCGAUGUUUGUCUUUCUGCCACCGGCUGAACCAAACGCACUCUCGAAACUGCUCGCCCGACUGGCCGCCGACACUAACAUCCUGCACGAAGUGGUGAACGAUGGCAUUUCGCGCAAGGUUGACGUAAAGCUGCCGAAGUUUAACAUCGAAAAAACGGUUGAAAUGAAGCCUGUACUGGAGCGGUUAGGCAUGGGUGAGCUGUUUGAGAAUACGGCCAAUUUCGAUAGUUUCACUGACGGGGGAGCAACGAUCGGCUUUGAUGAAGUGGUACAGAAAUCAAAGAUCGAGGUAAACGAAGAAGGUUCAGUGGCUGCUUCCGCAACGAUUGCCUUUUCGUUCCGAUCCUCACGACCGGUCGAUCCGGCCAUGUUCCAUUGUAACCAUCCGUUCGUUUUCAUCAUUUACGAUUAUGGCACCCGGUCCGUCCUGUUUAACGGGGUUUAUCGCCAGCCGGAGUAAUGUUCACCGAACGGUAACAGCUCACGGAAUCACAUUCCAAGUGACUUACUUUAGGGAAACGACUACUAUUUUGUUUAGAUUUAUUUAUUUUUUAACCCAAAACACGGCGCCGAAAACGGAAAAAAGCGAUCGGUCCAAAAUCAACAACAGAAAAAAAGAUCGUUGGCCUAACAGAAAUCAAAUCAGUGCAUGUGAUAGAUUUAUUUGUCACUGCAUUUUGCUUUACUUUAGUUUCAGGAUCAGUGGCGCUUUUUAUACUUAACUGUACUUGAUCACAUUUGUUAAGAAAUAAAAAAAAACGACCAGCUUUAAAUAGA